UUUCACAACAACUCAUCAACAUGCAGAAGGCGGGACAGUAAAGGUCAACAUAAUUAGCCCGCAAAGGAAAAGAAUUUCCUUGAAUUCACCAAAAUAUAAUUUAAUAUUUUAGGAUAAUACACUUGUUUUAGAUGUAUAUAUGUGUGUAUUCAUGCAUAGAGAAAUAUUUAUGGCUAAAUCAGUCUGUGUUUUUAUGUACAGUUCAUUAUUUUUAAACUGGCUACAGUUUUUAGUUUUCUUGUAUUCUGUGUUGGUUUUGAUGAUUUUUUUUUUCUAUUUUUGUUUUAGGCUAAAUCCUUCUGGCUAUAAGUUCUGCAUGUCACUUAUUCAUUUUCUUUAAUAUUUGUUGCACACAUUAAAAAUCACCUCUAUUCUUUGAAUACUGAACGACAAUGUACGGUAUAUUUUGUCGCCCGGAACUGAACCUUUGCGUUACUGUGUUCCAGCUUGACACUAGAGCUGCGCACUUACGAUUUACGUCACAUCCGGUGAGUGGGGUCUUUUUUUUGUUUUCCCGUAUCCGCCAUUUCAGUUUUUGAAGUUAGUUGUCAUCGGCCGCCGUAUUGUAGCUGGAAUUCAGUCGCUAAAACGCAGCGUGUGACCAGAACAGCAGAAUUCCGGUCCUAAUCCAACGCGGGUCCAAUUUAUAUCGAGGUCCAGGUUCUGCGUCGGCGAAUUAAUGUCGAUUCGGCUAGCUGCGGAUGUCGUCUGUUUACCAAACGUGCUCUAGGCGCUAAAGUUUUUGUAUGAGUUGAAGGCUUGGCUUGCGGAUAACGGGAGGCAGAGUAGGGAAGGCCCGGUGAAGCCUCGGCUUUGGAGUGGUGAUCAUGGCCGGAAAUUUUGACGCGGAGGACCGCGGCAGCUGGUACUGGGGUCGUUUGAGCAGGCAGGAGGCUGUGUCGCUGUUGCAGGGGCAAAGGCACGGCGUGUUUCUGGUCCGGGACUCCAUCACCAGUCCCGGUGACUACGUGCUCUCGGUAUCAGAGAACUCCAAAGUCUCGCAUUAUAUAAUUAACAGCAUCAGCAACAACCGACAGUCCGGUCCAGGUUUGGCCCUUCCGAGGUUCCGUAUAGGUGACCAGGAGUUUGAUGCUCUUCCCGCUUUGCUAGAAUUCUAUAAAAUCCACUACCUGGACACCACCACCUUGAUAGAACCCAUCAACAAGUCCAAACAAACCUCAUUCAUCAGCAUUGGCCCCGGUGGAGUCCCCCCACCACGCCUGGAAGACGAAUAUGUCCGAGCACUUUUUGAUUUCCCUGGCAACGAUGAGGAGGAUCUCCCGUUUAGGAAGGGUGAUAUUCUGCGAGUCCUUGAGAAACCAGAGGAGCAGUGGUGGAACGCCCAGAACUCUGAAGGCCGAGCGGGUAUGAUCCCUGUGCCGUAUGUGGAGAAGUAUCGACCGGCGUCGCCAAGUUCUUUGGUUGCGGGUGGUGUUCCUGGGGGACCACCAGGAGGCAUGGGGAUGCUGGGGAACUCUGACGGCUCUGUAGCCCAGCCUGGCACUCCACUGCUGGGAGACUCCAGCCAGUACGCCCAGCCCACUCCCCUCCCUAAUCUCCAGAAUGGACCUGUCUAUGCCAGGGCCAUACAGAAGAGGGUUCCCAAUGCCUACGACAAGACUGCCCUGGCCUUGGAGGUGGGCGAUAUGGUGAAGGUGACCAAAAUAAACGUGAACGGCCAGUGGGAGGGGGAAUGUAAAGGCAAACGGGGCCACUUUCCCUUCACACACGUCAAACUGCUGGACCAGCACAACACCGAGGAAGAACUCAGCUGAGAGCGGACAGCCGGGCCACAACCUGGACACUAGUAUUAGAUCCUUCCUCACCCUGCUCCCUCAUUUCCUUCCCCUGACACAUACUCCCUGCUUCCUCACAUCACUCCAGCUUUUACCUGAACCACGUACUGUUUCACAAAACCACUGAGAAGAAAAACAAACAGACCCUCAUAACACAAACACCUUCCAUUUGUACCCUUCUAAAUAAUCAUGCCUGCCUUCCUCCACUACCUGCUCGCACUGACUGAAACAUGGGCCAAACACUCUAUAGUGGAACAUGGAAGAUAAGCAGAAACUCUUGCUCAAUGGAUGUGGCAGCACCCUUUAGCUCCUUCACACUUUGUGUCCCUGCCACAGACAUCUUAUUAACACUCUCUCCACAGGAGACUCCUCGUCACAGAGUUCAACCACUUCCUUCUCUGCGUCGUAGCCAGUAGAUAAGUUCUUCAUCCAUCACACAGUUCCAGUGCUGUAGGAUAACUCAUGCUGCAUUCUCGUCCCAAUGGGAAUACAGUGAUGACAAUAACUACAUAGUUUUCAUCUUUUUCGUCUUGUUUGCAGUGGUUAUGGUGCCAUUACAGAAUAUUUUUAAAAGCUAUAAUUUGACAUUUUGGGAAAUGUGCUAAUGUUCUCUCUUGAUGAAUAACACUUUAUGUCUAUACAUUAAAUAUGAAUCUGCUCACAGGACCGCAGUAAGUUAGCUCAGCCUGCCUCUGUGUUACAGUAACAGCAUCACUAACUAACACGUCCAGUGGAAGAACUACUGUUGAAAGAUGAUUCACAGGAUUGCAAGAGUUUGUUUUGGGUCAGAUUACUGCCAGGAAUCAACUGGAUACUCCCAGUCCAGUAAACAUCUCUCGCAUAACUACAUAAAUUAUUGUUUUACCCAUACAGGUAGGGUUACCUGGUAACUGAGUCAUGGCACAAGAUAGAAGUUCAUUUAACAUGACUCAACUUCCAGACAAAGUUUCCUCCCCCCUCCAGUGUUUAAACGUUGCCAAGCUGCACUAUGUAGCUUCAUAUUUACUGUACUGAUCCAACUCAAGAAAGCAAAAGUGUAUUUCUCAGAGUGUCAAACUUACUUCAGCUUAGAUCUGCUUGUAUCUCAGCGCAUGCCCGUCAUGGUGGUUUUUGCACUGCAAAUCCAACUUGGUGUCACCACACAGAAGUCAUUUAAUUACACAAGCUCUCCUGCAUUUUUCGUUUGCAAGAAUUGCUAUUGUUUAAGUUAUUGUUACCUGUUCUGAGCGGAGCUAAAAACUAGUUUCUAGUUCAAACACACGCAUGUACUUAUGUUCUUACUAGGCACUAAUGCAGCAUUAUUUUGAUUCACUCAAGACUACAAGAGACGAGAGCAGCGUGACUCAAACGCCUCUGGGAAGAUGAACUGAGGGAUUACAUGUCGUGUACAGUUCUCCUCGACCAAGGCCAAUCACACAAAACGAACUCGCCACACAGUGAAUAUCCUGUAGAAAACAAUUAAGUCAAAACCAGCAGCGUAGUCAUAAUUUUAGAGCAGGUGCUAACCGUGGGUUUGAGAAACUUUUUUUGUUUUUGAGGCGGAGAUGAAGGCAACACUACAUUCAACCUCUCCGAACUUCCCACCUUGGCUUACCUUAGCGUUCUUUCACCUACAACCUUGUACCACCAAGUAGUCUUUUGUAAGAAAUGAAGAACAUGUUAUGAAAUGAUGUACUAUGUAAUUAUCAUUACAUGCUAAAAUAUUGUUUUUGUUCUACUUAUUUUUUUUAGUUUGGUUUGUUUGGUGGGAGGUUUUGUUGUAAACUUUUUACGGUUGCAUGUUGGAAGGGAGCAGUGGUUAGCUGGUGUUUGUCAGGGGGCCACGUGUUCUCAUUUGGCGUGUGAUGUAAAUGAAUGAACAGAGUGAAUGUAGACGCUCCACCAUGGUAAUGAGCACCGUCUUCUCAUUAGCUUCCACACUGAGCAGACUGAAUAUACCUUUAGAGGAAAAGACUUCUCUGUGUUCUCAUCUUGUCAAAUGUGUCCAAGACAUGUGGUGGUAUUAUUGGUACAUGCCCUUUUUUUACCUUCACUAGCUUUCUGCUUUCUCAAGUAGAUUUGCUCAUUUUAUCCUUAGCCUGUUUUUCUUUUUGUUUCUUUUUACUUUCUACAAUUUUGACACAAACACUGUCAUGGAUGCUUAAUUAUUUUCAUCUCUAUUCUUCACCAUUUUUCUAGUGCCAAGAGAUCAAACAAAUAGAAGAGCAAAUGAUGUGGUAGAACAGUUUGAUCCUUCUCCUGAAGGGUUUACUGGUGAGGUUCAAUCAAUCCACUAGUAUACGCCUGACAAUCAUCACCCACGUUAAUCAUAAAAAGACUGAUCUGGAAUAAAGCAAGCUAGGUUUGUAUCUUAGACAUAAGCUGGUCCACUUUGAAUUUGAUCUGUGAGAACGUGCUGUCCUCUCCCAACCAAAGGGUUCCUCUCAAAUGUCAUGGUUCAGUUUUUUUGGCCAGCACGUCGUGGCACUGUAGCUACAUACAGAUCGAGGAGCAUUUUCUGCCAGUGCUGAUGAGAUUAAAGGAGAUGAAAUUUGAUUGUUAACAGAAUGCACUUAACUGAUUUGUAUUGAUAUGUGCUCCUUUUUAUGGUUUUUAAUAAUCCUUGAUUGCUUCCACACAUUAGUUUUCUAAACCUUACAGCUUUCCCUAACAAGCUCUGCCCUGCUUUUAAGCUUUCCUUUAAGCUUUUUGCUUGGUCAUAAUCUAAAGUUAUGUUAAUUAUUUAAAAUGAUUCGGCUCCCUUAAUGGAAAAAUCUGGUGUUAGAAGGUAACAGUCAUGUAUAACGCCAGGUUUUAUCCAUUUGUAUCCCUGUUAUCAAAUCAAGCUUCUUUGUUACUCACUGCACUUGGCAGGUGCUUAGCUACAUAAAUCAUUGUCUUGUUGCAAAUAAAAAACCACCAAGAAGUAUUUUUUUAGUAUCCCUGCAUGAAGACAUCCAUGUCCUUUCAUAAAAGGCAAGGAGUGGAAAAUGCCAGUAAAAACUGUGUUAUUAUCAAAAUGUGGCAUUUUAUUAUAACACUAUAUUCUUUCAGGACAAUUGAAAUUACCUUUUUAUUUUCUGUAGCAUGUAAUGUGUUAAUAUACUAGUAAAUAAAGUCAAACCCAUGGCAAAUGA